UCCAUUGGAAUCUUACACAAAAUUUAGAAAAUAUUAACUAGAGAUCACACAGUAGUCUCUUGUGUAGUGAAAUUCGCAAAUAUUUUUUAAUUUUUUACAAAAUAUAAAUGUCGCUCGUAAUUCCAGAGAAGUUCCAACACAUUCUUCGUGUCAUGGGCACGAACAUUGACGGUAACAGAAAAGUUAUGUUCGCUAUGACAGCAAUUAAGGGUGUUGGUCGUCGAUACGCUAAUAUUGUUUUAAAAAAGGCUGACAUCGACUUAGAUAAACGUGCUGGAGAAUGCUCCGAAGAAGAGGUUGAAAAGAUUGUUACCAUUAUGAGCAACCCUAGGCAAUACAAAAUCCCAGACUGGUUUUUGAAUAGACAAAAGGAUAUUGUUGAUGGCAAAUAUUCGCAACUUACCAGCUCUUACCUGGACUCCAAACUUCGCGAAGAUUUGGAGCGCAUGAAGAAGAUUCGUGCUCACAGAGGUUUGCGUCAUUAUUGGGGUCUCCGCGUGCGUGGUCAGCACACAAAGACUACAGGUCGCCGUGGACGCACUGUGGGUGUAUCCAAAAAGAAGUAAUUUUAUAUUUCUUUAUUUAAGAAUAAAUUCGUAAAACAAAAUA